AUGGAUAAACUAGGAGAUGGGGUUUUUCCAGAUGAGGUGGUUAUUCAGAUUCUUGCUAGGUUACCAGUGAAAUCGCUUUUUAGAAGCAAAAGUGUGUGCAAAUUGUGGUAUAGGUUGACUUUGGAUAACUAUUUCAUUCAAUUAUACAAUGAUGUUUCUAGGAAGAACCCUAUGAUUCUUGUUGAGAUUUCAGAUUCAUUAUUAGAAUCCAAAUCUAGCUUAAUCUGUGUUGAUAGUUUAAGGGGUGUCUUUGAAUUUUCGCUCAAUUUCUUGAACGACAGAGUUAAGGUUCGAGCUUCUUGUAAUGGGUUGUUGUGUUGUUCUAGUAUUCCUGAUAUGGGUGUUUACUAUGUUUGUAAUCCGGUUACGCGGCAGUUUCGGUUGCUUCCUAAGAGUAGGGAAAGGCCGGUGACUCGGUUUUAUCCUGACGGUGAAGCUACUUUGGUUGGGUUGGCAUGUGAUCCGGCGUAUCAGAAGUUCAAUGUUGUGCUUGCUGGUAGUCAUCGGACUUUUGGUCAUAGACCUGAUGGGAAAUUCAUAUGUUUGGUGUUUGAUUCAGAGUUGAACAAGUGGAGGAAGUUGAUUUCUUUUCAAGAUGAACAUUUUACUCAUAUGAAUAAGAAUCAAGUUGUUUUUGUCAAUAAUGCAUUGCAUUGGUUGACCGCUAGCUCUAGUUAUGUACUCGUACUUGAUUUAAGUUGUGAUAUUUGGAGGAAGAUGUCGUUACCGUAUGACCCGAUUUGUGGAGCGGGAAAUAGGACUUAUUUAUUGGAGUUAGAUGGCUGUCUGUCGGUUAUUCAAAUUUCGGAAGCCUGGAUGACUAUAUGGGUGCUGAAAAAUUACUGGAGCGAUGAAUGGUGCGUUGUGGAUAAGGUGAGUCUGAGGUGUAUCAAAGGAAUGGUGCCGGGCAUUUUCCCGAUCAGUCAGACGAGCGACUAUGUUUUCAUGGCAACUCAUAAGCAGGUUUUGGUGUAUCAUCGCAGGAGUCAUGUCUGGAAAGAAAUGUACGCCGUGAAAUAUAGCUCAACACUCCCGUUAUGGUUUUCAGCACAUGCAUAUCGCAGCACAAUGUUCUCUUGUAACUAA